UCAGAACUCACACACUUUGCUUGUGCAUUAAAGGUGCAUUUGCUCUAGUGUUGUCUAUAUGUGUUAACAUUGUGUGUCCAUGUACAUUUAGACCUUGAGAUUCCAGCACCGCCCCCAUCACCACCAGUAGAUGGCUUUGACAACUAUGAGGAAAUGCCCCCUUUACCUCCCCCUAUUGAUUACGACAUAUCUGCACCAGUUGACUAUUUGGAGAAAGUGGUGGCACUAUAUAACUACGAGGCAGGCAAGCCAGGUGACCUGAUCUUUCAGGAGGGGGACAUCAUCUACCUCACCAGCAGGAAUAAAGAUGGCUGGUGUGAGGGCGUUCUGAAUGGAGUAAAGGGUUAUUUUCCUGGCAACUAUGUGGAGUCCACUGCUUAACUGGCCAUAAGAAUCCAGAAUGUCAGUGAACCAACUAUUUGAAACCACCAAAGUGAAGGCACUUUGUAUUCGCAUUUUAUAAAAUGAAACAGUGCAACGACUGGCUGAAGUUUUAAAACAUUCCAACUAACAUGCUGACUGAUGUUUCCAGCAGAGAGGAGUUUGUGUGGACAUGAAAAGCCACUCUUAUUUUAAAGUUUAUUUUGGUCUUAAAUAAUGAUAAUGAUAAUGGAUCUCUCAGGACUUUAAGUUAUAAUCUAAAUGUACAAUAUAUAAAGAAACAUUUUUGUACAUUUAGCUGUAUUUGAUAAGUUCACAAAGCAGAUAGUGGGUGGUAUUUGUUUAAAUUAUGUUGAGCAAAUAAUGAAAUAAUAUAUUUGUGUAAUAUAAUAUAGUUUUCUAAUUGUAAACCUUUAUUACUCAUAAAUUGAUAACAUUUUAUUGAUUCCCUAGCAAAUGAGUAGCAGUAUUUUCCCAAACUUUUUUCACCCUAGUAAGUGACUGAAAUCUGUUAAUAUACAAAAUUCAGUCACAAUUUCUUGAUUCCAAGUAGGCAUUUAGAGUCUAUAGAAGUAAUAAACUGUUGACAUUGAUGUCUGGGAAUAAAGUUUUUAUUUGUUUCAUGUCAAUUAUUACUAUCCACUCAUUAUACAAAGAUCUUUUGAUAUGUUCAUUAAUGAUGAUGAUCUGACUCAUAUGCACCAGUAGCCUUAUUAUUUAAAUUUUUUGUUCUCCUUUAGACUGUUACUCAUGUUCAUGAAAGAUAUUAAACCAUCCAUAGUUUCUUUAAACUAAA